AUUGUAUUUUGCAGAUAAACAAGUAUUUAGCCAUCACAGUUGUUAAGGAGAGUAAAAUUGGACGAAUUACUACAGAUGAAGAUGCAGAAGACUAUGUUGAUGGGUACAAGUUCAAAGAUAUGGUGGAGUCUGUGAUUCGUAAUAACCGUGAGAAGUACCACAAGCAUUUCCAGUUUGGGUGGACUGGUACACCUGGUUUAGCAAACAGCAUUGCAAUGGAACGGCUCCCACUCCCAUCUUUGCUAGUAGUAAAUGCAACAACAAUGCAUCAUCAUCUGCCUGAGGAUCCACCACAACACCUCACAUCAGCUGCUAUUGAAAUGUUUUUGGAUUCCAUCAUAGCAGAAACUGCCCCGUCCUAUGGCGGAGACUCGUGGCCUAUAAGAAUUUUUCGUGCUUAUUACAAUGCCAAAACUUCGCUGGAAGAAAUGUGGCAAGGCAACCCAGUAUUAACAGCAGUACUUUUUGGUCUGCCACUGGGCUUUCUGUCUUUAAUAUGCUAUUCCAUCUGGUGUUCUGAUAUUUUGGAUGCAGAUGAUGAAGAAGAUGACCAACAUGAGAAAAAAGAAUGAUGGACACAGUACAUGGGCUCCUUGGCUGUGGUGGUAGGUUAAGUUAUUCUUGUUAACAGUGUUGAAAUGUCAUAAUCCAUGCUGUAUGAGAGAAGAAAAUUAAUUUAUCACAAAAAUGAUGCAGCCUCUUGAAGAAAGAUGAACUCUUGUUCUGCAAUUUAUAAGUAAUUAAGAUGUUUUGUUAAGGUUGAAUAUAUAAAAAAAUACACCAUGAAAAUCCUGAAUUUUGUCUUGUGUCACUAGAGAUUGUUAUGUGGGGAUGGACUUCCAGUGAACAUUUAUGUGAAUUCAUUGUAGCCAUAGUCAUAGGCUCCAUCCUAUUCAUGUAACAUGAUUUCCUCUAUUCUGUAUAUAUUCAGUGUAUAUAUUUAAUGUAAGAAAUAUCUGAACCAUGGAAAUAA